UUAUUACAAAAUUGCUUCGCAUUCAGUUAGAGAGUUUGCCAUUAGCGCCGUAUCCAUUGACCAAACAGAGAGAAGAAAUUCUGAUUGCAGAAGAAAGGACUAGCUGUAAAAUUUUGAAAACCAUAUUGGGUUAGAAUUAAAGGCGAACAAGAAAGGAGCAAAUAUGAAUUCCAAUCCCAACAAGUCAAAGCAAAGACAUGUUUACAAAUCUGGAACUGCCGGCUGUGGAGGCAAAGCUGCUCCAACAGCUCCUAAAAACUCUGGUCAGGUUAUUCAAUGUCCCUAUUGUGAUAGGACAUUUAAGCAGGAUGGAAGGUAUAAGGAACACUUAAAGAAUAAACAUGCUAAUGAAGACCCAGAACAGGUACAGGCAACAAAUUUGCACGAAAAUUCAUCUGCCUCCAGCUCUCUGGGAGGUGAAGGCCUCACCGGCACACAAGGUUCUUUGCAAUCAUCUUAUCCAGUCAAGAUGCCAAAGGCUUUGCUUCAUGAAUGGUGUCAGAAAAAUAAAAAACCAGUUCCAAGGUUCAAGCAUGUGGAGGUUGAGGGUGGUUUCCACUGCAGAGUUGUUUUGCCUGAUCCAAAGAAAAGUGAAGCAGAUGUGAUUCUAUGGUAUAAUGGAAAUGAGGCAAAGACAUCACAAGAAGCACAACACUGUGCUUCAGUUAUGGCUCUCUUUCAUGUCAUGGGUGAUCGUAGACUGGAUCGCAUUCUUCCAUAUGAAUAUCGACAACAGUGGUUUGAUUUGGAGAAAUCUGCAGAAAAGAAAAAAACAGUAGUGAGUACUAUGGCUCCAAAAUCAAAAUCCCGUCCAUUCCCUAUGCAGGAGCUUCAAUCGGUUUUUAUGAGCGAAAACAACAGACAACUAGUUGAAGGGCUCCUCAAUAAUAUAGAUAAAAAUCACAAUAUUGCAAAGAAUGACACUCUGGCAUUUAAAGAUUGUUUCCAUUUGCAUGACAUGGAACAUAGUAAUGAGGUCAUAGAAGUUGAUAAGAAUGAAGGCGGCCUACAUGAUAAUGAUGUUGGGUGGUUUAAUAAUGAUGGGUCUGAGAAAAUAAACCAUUUGAAGUACAAGGCCAAUUUAGUGAAAGGGCAUUUGAUUCCUUCGUCUAGUAAGCAUCCUGUUAAUUUUGAAAUAGGGAGCUGCAAUGAUAUAGCAGAGAAAACAUGUGAUACUUAUAUUAAAGAACAAAUCAGAUCUGAUUUGACACAUAUGGGGUUCAAGGAACAUUAUGUUAAUGCCGCUCUUAAGGAGUCAAAUGAAAUAUCAGCUGCUCUUGAUUGGUUGAUGCUAAAUGUUCCUGAAAAUCAAUUACCCUUCAAGUUUGCUCCAAAGGCAUCCAAAGCUUCAGUGCAAGUUUUGAUAAAUGGUAAUUAUGAGAGUUCUAAACGUUUUCCUGUGGAAAAGAAAAGUGUCGAGUACCUACAGGAAUAUGGCUAUGGUCUUGAGGAUUGCAUGGUUGCUCUAUCCGAGGCUAGUGGGGAUGAAGAUAUAGCAUUGCACAGAUUAUUUAUGCAAUUGCAAAUUGUAGAGGGGAAGAUUCCUCUAAAUUCUUAUAAUAGACUUAAGAAUAGAAAUGAGCUUCAGGAGUUGAGGUCUGAGGAGCUCGUGGCAUUGAAAUCAAUAUUUGGAGAAGAGGCUAUAUCCUUGUCAUUGGAAUUGUUCGAGUUUAAUAUUAAUCUGACACAGACUUCUCUAAUGCCAUUGGAGAUGGAGGUUAAAGUGAUUCCUGGAAUCAAUUAUCCUUUUGAAAUCCCUAUUGUGACAUUUCGAGGUCCAAAUCUGUCUUCUAAGUUACUUCUACAACUUACCAAAGAAGUUGGUGAAAGAGCAGUAGAACUCGUUGGUUCACAGAUGAUCUAUGAACUAUUCUGUGUAGCAGCAGAGUUGGCAGAUUCCUUAAUUGUCAAGCAUAGUUUGGAAAAACAAAUUUCAGAGACAAACUGUAUGGAUAGAGUGAUGUUCCCUUCUGACAGUAAGAAAUACCUAAAAACAUUUCUAACCAAUCCAUUCAAGGACAAUUUCACAACUCUUGAAAAGUCCCAUAAGUCAGUUGUUACUUCAUCCUACAGACCUCCACCCCUAAGACAUGGGUACUCUGAUGGCAAAUUGCCUAAACAUGAUAAACCUAUCACCAUGUCAGAGCAUACUCAAAGUCCUCAAGAAAAUUACCAGAACAUUAGUUUGCAGAUGAAGAAAGAAUGGGACUUCUUACAAACUUCUCACAUGCACUCAGAAAUAUGGGCCACUAGGAAGAAAUUACCUGCCUUCCAAAAGAAGACGAUUGUUCUGUCUGCAGUCAGGAACUCAUCUGUUACAAUUAUCUGUGGGCAGACAGGAUGUGGUAAAAGUACACAGGUUCCACAAUACCUGCUUGAGGAGUAUAUUGAUAGAGGCUCGGGAUGUUUUUGCAACAUCAUUUGCACACAGCCUCGAAGAGUAUCUGCUAUAGGUUUAGCAGAACGUGUUGCACGAGAAAGAGGUGAAAUGCCUGGAGAGACUGUUGGCUAUUCUAUACGACUGGAGAGUUGUCAGUCAUCUCGUACCAGAAUUCUUUUCUGUACAACAGGAGUCCUUCUACGGCGAUUAUUAUCUGACCCUGAUUUGCAUGAUGUCACUCAUGUCAUUGUGGAUGAAGUUCAUGAAAGAACUAUGGAAGGUGAUCUAUUACUUCUGCUGCUUCAGGAGCAUUUGAAAAGGAAUGGGAGUAAACUUCAUGUCAUUUUAAUGUCAGCAACAGUAGAAGCGGAGUUAUUUGCAUCUUAUUUCAAACAGAAACUGGGAGCUGAUACUGCUAUAGUAAACAUUCCUGGAUAUACCUUCCCUGUUCAAGACUUUUACUUAGAAGAUGUACUUGAGCUUACUGGUUACAAUGUAGGUCGGAACUCUCCUUACACAAAAAAAAAUCGAGGCUCUGAAAUGGUGCAUGAAAAGAAUGUAAUCAUGAAAAAGGAUCCAGAUAGUUGGGAAACUAGGGAUGAAGAUGGGGAUGGCCAGGAUAACUGCAUCAUGUCAUCUGCAAGUCAUUACAGUCAAACAACUCUUCGUACAUUAGUCUCAUUGGACCAGAGCAUUGUAAAUUAUGAUUUGAUUGAAGCUCUCAUAUUUUUGGUUACUUGCCAAGCUUCUCAAGAACUGCAAAUGGGACAAAUCUCAGUUGACAAAGCUGAAAAGGAGAAAAAACCACUUCAGUCAAUUUCAGUGCACUUAGGGGUAACAGGUGCAGUGCUUGUUUUCUUACCAGGCAUAGCAGAGAUUCACAGAUUACAUAGCCGCCUUAAGUCAUCAAGUCGUCUUGGUAGCAUAGGCAUUUGGGUAGUAACAUUGCAUGGUUCCAUGUCCGGGGAGGAGCAACGUCGUGUAUUUCAGAAAUCUCCAGAGGGCCUUACAAAAAUUGUACUGGCAACAAACAUUGCGGAGACAAGCAUCACUAUCGAUGAUGUGAUGUACGUUAUUGAUACAGGACGUCAUAAGGAAAUGAGCUAUGACCAUAACAAAGGCCUCUCAUGUCUUCAGGAAGCAUGGGUAUCUAAGGCCAGUGCAAAACAAAGGCGUGGACGAGCUGGUAGAGUUCAAUCUGGAUGUUGCUUUCGGCUUUACAGCAGACAACAAUUUGAACAAUUUGAAGAGCAGCAGCUUCCUGAAGUUUUGCGGAUUUCUCUUGACAGGCUAUGCUUAAAGGUAAAAACCCUUCUUGUUGGCCCACUUGAGAACAUGACACGGCAAAUGCUUAGUCCUCCAAGCCCUGAUGCCAUAGGUGAAUCAGUGAGGAGUUUGCGGUUUAUGAAUGUAUUGGAUGAGAGAGAGUGCCUAACACCUCUUGGACAAUAUCUUGCCCAAAUGCCUGUUGAUGCUUCUGUUGGGAAGAUGCUCAUAUUUGGUUGCAUGUUAAGAUGUCUUAAUCCCAUUCUUACAGUUGCUGCAGCUCUCAGUGGCCGCAGUCCAUUCUUGUUUCCGAUGGAUAGGAGAGAGGAAGUCAAUGCUACACGUCUUCGAUUUGCAGGCACCAGUAAGAGUGAUCACAUGGCUAUUGUUGCUGCUUAUGAUGGAUGGGAUGUUUCCAGAAAAGGCGGUUGGAAUUCAGAAGUUGAAUACUGUAAUGCGAAUUUCCUGUCAAGAGAAACUCUUGUUGGAAUGGAAGCUAGCCGAAAUGACUAUUUGAAAAUGCUUGCAGAUAUUGGUUUCUGUUCUUGGUUGGGAAAAACAGAUUCAAGCUCCCUCUUAAAUGAUUUGAAUGAAAAUUCAUCAAACGUUCGGGUUGUGAAGGCAGUCAUAUGUGCAGGGUUUUACCCUAAUAUUGUUCGGGUACGGCAUCCAGAGAAAAAAUAUGUACAAACUGAGAGCGGAACCAUUUCUAAAGUAGCAUCAGCUAAUGAGCUGCGCUUUUUCACAAAGUUAGAUGGCAGAGUAUUCUUGCAUCCAUCAAGCGUUAACUUCCCUGUUGGAUAUUUUGAAAGUUCAUGGCUUGUUUAUACUGAGAAAGUGAAAACAUCUAAGAUCUUUAUCAAGAAUAGUACCAUUGUGCCAGCAUAUGGAUUGUUACUCUUUGGAGGUGAACUUAAGGUAAACCACGAGAAACAGACAAUCAAGGUAGAUGAUUGGCUGGAAUUUGAGGCUCCUGCCCGUAUUUCUGUUCUUAUUAAAGAAAUGCGUUCAAAGGUGGAUUCUUUGCUGAUGGAAAAGAUACGAAACCCAGCAAUGGAUAUAUCUGGAAACAUGGUUGUGACAGCCCUCAUUCAGCUAUUAGUAACAGAUGGCUUUUAAUUCUCAAGAAUGGAGUCAAAGCAACACUUCUAAAUGUUCAUUGAAAAGAAUAUACAUUCAUAAAUCAGUGGCAGUUCUACAAGUCAUCCUUUGACAUCACUAUCUGAAGCAGACAUCUUUGUUCAAAGUGGUUAAGGAUCCCUCAUUCUUCUCAUGAAAGUGCUUGUUUCAGGCAGUAUUAUAAUUCAUCUUUUGAGAUGAAGCAGAUAUCUUUGUUCAAAGUGGUUAAGGUUUUCACUGUAAUCUCAAAUAGCUAUGGAUAAUCAAAAUGGAAAUCCAAUCUGUUUGGUGGCUUCAUACCCUCUCAAGGAUAGUUAUUCAGAGCACAAGUAAUUUUCAUUGGUUCAUUCUAUUUAGUCUUUCUGCAUAGGGCUAAUUUUUUUGGCAGUUCAAUUUAGGAUCCACGUGGAAUCCAUUUUUGGAAUCUCUGGAAGGAAAUGGUGGAAAACAUGGCAGAAGAUUAAAUUAUUAGCAGGAUUGUAUUAUAAUCAGCAUUACGUGACUUAUUGGGUUCUACUAUUCAGGAGGUAGGAGUAUUCAUUAUGAUACUCUUAUCCAAAGGGAUUUUCGGUGACUUUUGUUUCGAAUAGAAGACAAAUAUUUGGGAGAAUUUGGAAACAACAUGCAUACAUGGAGAGAGAUGCACAAAAUGUUGUCAGCCUACAAUAGAUAUUAUGUUUUUAUUAAUGAACGUUUUUAUUAUUAUACCUUGAUAAUUAUCAAUGGUGUAGGUAUUAAAGUAUAUCCUGAAUAGGUUAACCCAAAGACCGCAUCAGAUACAGCUAAAAUUUGUGGGUACUUUGGCUGGAACUGAUAUUUGAAUCUAUAUCCCAUAUCUUCUGAGAAUUGUUUUCAAUAGCAA